UGGAUACACAGGUUGAAGUCAGGUCAUGGGACCAUCGAAGUUGAUCGGAGAAGUAAAAUAUUGAUAUAAGAGACAUGUUCCAUCACUUUGCUCAUUAUGUUGUCUUGAAUUUCUACAUCGCGAACCAUCCGCUGUGAACGACAAAAUUGCGGGAAUAGUUACAAUGGGAUCCAUCGGUCUCGACAGCACCUCCAUCCUGCGUCGCUUUGACGCUAUCCUUUCGGACGACCCUGGACGACUUUACUGCGUGCAUCCGUUAUCUGCAGACAUCAGUGAGGGAUGGCGAGAAAUCAGCUUUGCCGAUCUCGCCGGAGCUGUUGAACAUUUGUCAACCUGGAUCAAGGAUAAUGUCGCAGUUGGAGAGGAGCCAGCGACGCUGGCAUAUAUGGGAACAAAUGAUGUUCGCUAUGUUGCAUUUAUCCUCGCGUGCAUGAGAUUAGGGCAUGCCGUACUGCUUCUUUCAUCACGAAACUCCGAGGAGGCAUCUCUUCACGUGUUGAAAGCAACAGCAUGUACGAGGUUUGUCUAUAGUCCUGAGCGCAGUCGAGAAAUCGAGGCGCUGAAGACUGCAGACCCCUCUCUCGACGUGUACGAAGUGCCGAGUCUCUGGGAGGUUUUUGAUCGUAGCACUACAUCUUCUUUUGCUUUGAACUCCGAUGCAACGGCGACUUCAGACCAAGAAGACAGAGUAGUCAUUUACAUCCAUAGCUCGGGAACAACAGGCUUGCCAAAACCAGUCCCCUUGACGAAUGGCUACUUCUCUGCACUUGUUGAGACUGGACGCCUACCCACUCCACCAGGACGAGUGAGCAGCCUGGUAUUCGUCGCAGAGAAAGAAAAACACCUGUUCGUGAUGAGCCCCUUCUUCCACUUCAUGGGACUUCUCAGCAUGAUCACUCCUAUUUUCUUUUCUACGCCGUUAGUUCUCGGUCCCGAUAAGCCGUUGACCUCGGAGUUGCUUUCCCAAAUCAUCGAUGACACGAACGCUAAAACCGCCAUAUUGCCUCCUUCCAUUCUAGAGGAGUUUAGUUCGUCUGACAUCGGUCUGAAAUGCUUAGGGCGUUUCUGCAUGGUAGCCUAUGGAGGCGCCCCGUUGGCGGCAGAGGCUGGAAACCGAAUUGCUACAGUCACUCAUCUGCAGUCUGUCCUAGGGUCGAGCGAGUGUGGACUAUUCGCCGGUCUCAAAAAUCAGGACCCCAGUGACUGGCGCUAUCUGGAGUGGAAUCCCUCCCAUAAGUUAGAGAUGCGCGAUACGAGUGAUGGGCUGUAUGAGCUGGUCGUUCCUCGAGGAGAAGACCGUAACGUCCACUCAGUCUUCCACACUUAUCCUAAUAACGCCGAAUAUCACACCGGAGACCUUUUUCUUCCUCAUCCCAAAGUAGAAGGAUCUUGGUUGUACCAUGGUCGAUUGGACGAUAUCAUUGUGCUGAGCAAUGGGGAAAAGUUCAAUCCGACCACCAUGGAGGCGGUCAUUUGUAGUCAUCCACAUGUUGCUCGUGCAAUUGUGCUUGGACAAGGACGUUUCCAGUCUGCCGUCCUCAUCGAGCCGGACCGGUCGGUAUGGACAGACGAGGAUGCUGUCUUGAUCGCUGAUAUCUGGCCGACAGUGCAGAAGGCCAACGAAGGGGCCGCUCGUCAUGCACGCCUGAUGAAAGACCGAAUUGGCGUGGCAUCGCCAUCCAAACCGUUCAAGAUAACCCCCAAGGGUACCAUUCAGCGACGCCGAGUCAUAAACGACUAUUCAGAUGAGAUCGAAGCCUUGUAUGCACGCAGCGUCCAGGACGAUGCUGCACAGGUCUCCCUGGAUGCUACACCGCAAGAGAUCGCGGCAUAUAUCGAAAAGGCGCUCCUUGAUAUUCUCCCCAUGUCUUCAAUUCACUCGGAUGAAGAUAUUUUUGCAUUAGGACUCGACUCUCUUCAAACACUUCGACUGGGCCGUAUCUUACAUAGCGCUCUUAGAACAGCGUUGCCAGAACUUCCCUCUUCUGCCUUCAGUAGCCAGCUGCUGUAUUCUCAUUCGACCAUCGCGAAGUUAUCUGACUACAUUUACACUCUUCUUGAAGGACGAGAUUCACCUCCUGUUCCCGCCGUCAUCGAAAGUACCAGCGACCGAUCAGCGCGAAUAGCCAAUUUGGUCGACAAAUACUCGUACGACUUGGGAGAGAGCCAUUGUGUCAUUCUGACCGGCUCCACCGGCUCCCUAGGUAGUUAUCUUCUAAACGAGCUGCUACGAGACAGUAGUGUCCACAAGAUCUACUGUCUUAAUAGAUCGGCUGAUGCAGCGCCGAGACAGCUGCAAAGUCUUCAAGAGAAGGGGCUAGUGACCUUCGAUCAAUUCCCAGCACGGGUAGAGUUCUUACAAGCUCAGUUUGGCGAAGAAAGACUCGGCCUAGAUGAGACCAAGUAUGAGGAGCUUCUGCAUAAGGUCGACACUAUCAUCCAUAACGCAUGGAAGGUCAACUUCAACCAUCGUGCUGAGGCAUUCGAAUCACCUCAUAUUGCGGGCGUUCGCAGACUGGUCGAUUUCUGCAUUGCUAGCGACCAUACUACACAUCUUCACUUUAUCUCAUCGAUCUCCACAAUCGAAGGCUACUCAAUUGAACGAGGCCCUUCUAUCCCGGAGACCAUUUUCGACGAUCCCAGCGUUGCCCUUCACCAGGGCUAUGGUGAGUCGAAGCAUGUAUCAGAGCGGAUCUGCGCAGGUGCCUCAGCCAAAUGCGGAGUUCCAACCAGCAUCCAUCGCGUAGGCCAGAUCGGGGGCCCGACCACAGAGAAGGGAAUGUGGAAUAAGCAGGAAUGGCUACCUUCGCUGGUCGCAACAUCUAAGACGAUCAAGCAGAUUCCCUCAUCAUUGGGAUCAGUUUCAGUCCAAUGGGUUCCAGUGGACAUAACCGCAAAAGUCGUCACCGAAAUCGUCCGGGCACGUCGCCAAACCCAAGAAUCUCAGCCCUGCGCAGCUUUCCAUAUAGUGAAUCCGACGGCAGCCGACUGGAAGACUUUGAUUCCUGCCGUCACCAAGUAUUUCGACGCUGAGCUGGUCGAUAUCCAGACUUGGAUCGAUACUUUGGAAUCCUUCACGAGCCCCACCGAGGAAGACCUCAAAGAUAAACCUGCGUUGAAGAUUCUAGAUUUCUUCAGGGGGAUUGCCAUGGGCGAAGGAGAGCGUGGUCCGUGGACUGAAACAACAAAGACGCAAGCGGCCAGCCACACGCUGAGGACAUUAAAGGCGAUUGAUACUUCGUUGAUGGAGACAUGGAUGAUGCAGUGGAAGUUUUAACAGUGGUCUGUGAUUCUGGAAAACGUUUUGUGAGCGUUUCUCCAAACAAAUGAUGACUAAAAUUGAUACAUCAAAGCAUUGAGACAAUGACAGCCGAUCCAUUAGGAUCGUCUCGUUGCUAUAGUUCAUGCUAGGUAGAUAAUUGUUUUUCAUCUAAUUUCUCUGAUUGUUUUCUGGUAUAAAAACGAAAAUAGGCAAUAUGGCGCAAAAGAAAUUCAGGUGUCAAUCAGUUCUGGCUGCAGAAAUAAGAAAACAGCACAUAGUUUAUGACAUGCAUACGUAUUACAUACGUUGAUAAGUUG